AUGUCCGGGGAUUCCCGACAAUGUCUGCAUCCGCUAAAUGCGAUGACUACCUAUCAAGGACGCCGCACACGGGAAGGCGAUGGCUCUAAUACGAAAGUUAAGCAGCGGCAGUAUCAAGUGGACCGUUGGCGGCUUGAUGAACAACAAUCCAUGCGGUUGAUUCAACGUUCACGACGGCCAAACGACAAACCCGACGCAGACCGACCCACGUCUAAUCGAAGCUGUUCAGAUCAAGACAGCAUCCACGGAAAUAUACACGACUCUCAAGAUCAAUCCAUAUCCGCACCUUGGUUUCCCUUGCCAGUCGACCACCUGCUUCAUCUGAUCAAGUAUAAUGUAUUCAGAGGCCUUGCACAGAACAAAGCGUUGAUUGAAUCCUCCACGAUCCAAUACCAAGAUCCCGAUGCAUUAUCACAUGGGUUCUGCAAUCAUACUGUAUUCCCCAGCUAUUCGGUAAUCAUGCCCGUCGUACCGGACCUCUCCGGCUCGCUCACCCCUACGCCUACCCAAAUGAAUAUGAUACAUUCAACUUGGAUCAAUUUCCUACCUUUUCCAACAUUAAGAGACAGUUUUAUCAAGUGGGAGUUCAGCUUCGAUCAUUCUGAGUUGAUCAAAGAUUUGGUAGGGGAUUUGAUCAACUGGCGCAUAUUCCUGUCCGCAUCAUCAAUCUUAACGGCGGGGCCGGCUGAUGGGACGAGAGUUGUGCAAAAGAAUAGUGACUCCACUGCUACACAGACGGGUCUGAUCGUUUGGGGAGAGCCGCAUUUAGCAGAUAGCUGGGAGGCGACCCCUGAGUUCUUGCAAAAGUGGGCAUGGGCUGCAAUGGACUGCCAAGAAUUGAUAGAUUCGACAAAUCGUUGGAGGACAUCAAGGGGUGAAGGACCUCUGUUCACCGAAAAAAUUACAAGCUAA